UCGCGACUUGCCACAGCCUUUGCGAGCACAGCGGCGGCAACAAAUGCUCAUCGAUGCUGCUAUGCUUGACUUGCGUCGCUCGACUCACCCUCCUCAGACGACCUGCGAUCGAUCUGGCAGCUCGCAGGCGGCGACAUACGUUCACCGUCAAGAACGGCAUCUUACGACGUGUCGAGUCAAGCUCGCUCGAUCUCAGCGGCUUGCGAGGCAGACUUGAAGCAGAUGCAAUAGACCACAAAGAGUCCACGUUCGCUCCUGCCGCCGAGCCGCGUCUGGCCAUACUCAAAGAUGACUCCCAAACGCUCUUCCAUGGCGUACAGAUCCCCAUCAAGCCCAGACCGCCAAAGGAUGACGAGUGUUGCAUGUCUGGCUGUGCAAGAUGUGUCUACGACCUCUAUGCUGAAGAUCUGUCGGACUAUUCGGACGCAUGCAAGAAGGCGCAAGUACAGUUGACUGAGCUACAAGUGCCACAGAGUCAAUGGCCGAGCUCUUUGCCACGCAUGCAAGCUGCAGGCGCUGCAGAACCACCCUCUGAUCUCAGUCCUACAUUGUCAGCCUUCAUGCUGCUCGAGAAAAAGCUCGCAAGCAAGCAGUCCCCUGCCAGCACCGGCUGAUGCGCAAGCAUCCUACCAAACCAGCGUUCGGCCAUUUGACAUUUGGAUUUUACUCGUGACUUGUAUCGCAUCAGAAGCCGGACGCGAUUGUCAACAGAGCCUCUCAGAACUGUCAGCGAUCGACAAUCAGCGGCUCGCGAGCCGCUCCUCUGAGCCGAACAACACAGCGUACACAAGCUGCGCUCUGAGGCAGCUUUCAAGCGCAAGCCAGCCAGUUUCCAGAUGGACCACUGUCGGUCACACGAAGCUGCGCAAAGCAGCAGAAAGACGAAGGGUACAGCGCGCAGACGCGCUAGAAUGCAUCUUUUGUCGACGACAACACGUGCUGGUAGGCCAUGCGGAUGAUACAAUGAUGCGAGUGAGUUUGAUCUACGAAGUGAUGCGAGGAAUGAGUGG